CACAAAGCGAAGUUUUACUCGCGGGAAAGAAUUGAUCUCGUCAUCGUCCUUUUUAUUACAUUCAAGUAUUGAGCCUCCACUUGGUCCCUACAUAGUCCGUCUUACACGGCCGCUCUCGGCAAGGCCUCGCAUCCCAUCCUAAUCUCUACUGCUCGCUCGCUGGUCCUGGCGCUUCUUCCGCAUCCACACCGGCGCGAACACACCACUGGCUACCAAGAGUUCCAAAGGCCUUCCCAUUCCGUGUUUUUCUCGUCAUAGUCGCAUCGUCAGAGUCCACCUCUUCUGUUAUUGCCCAUCUUCUCUGGUGGUCCCUCUCGGCCUUUGCCCUGUUUGCCCUCUAGUUGACGCGCUUGGCAACCGUCAUGAACUAGUGUUCCCACUUUGUUUUUUUUCCCCGCGCCGCUGCUUCGGCGUAGAAGCAUUUAUUCACUCACUGGAAAUCUUUUACAAAAAUGCAUGGGGUUAUUAACAAAAACGUCAGGUCUGCGGCAGACGAGGAUGGCGCCGAUCACAUUGGUCUCGAAACUCCUCGAUCCGGUGUAGCUACACCUCAACCCGAUCUACAGGACAAACGCUUGCCAGGAAUCAUGAGCUACUUCGGCCAGGUUCGUAAAUACCCUUCUACGCCUUCGUCAGAUCCCAAUUCGUCACAGAGUGAUACCACUCUAGACCGAAUUUCAGUUGUGCCCACUCCACCAGCCGGCCUGCAGUUGCAGGCACACACCGAAGGCUCUCCUCGCGGCUGUGAGUCCUCGGCUUUGGAUCGUUCGCUUCUUCAACAUGAGCGUCCUGGUUCCAUGCCAAGUACCACUGAGCGGGAUGAGCAUAACCUUUCGGACCCCUACCCAACCCCACCCACUUCUCAGCCCUCGUCUUCGGGGGGUUCUAUCUCCCAGGACAUGAUUUCUGCAGACUCAGGGGCGCAUGGCAGGGCUACGGUCGAGCAAAAGUCUCUUACACAGCAGUCACAAUUCAAGAAACCCACAGCCUCACCAUUCACCACCACCCACUUUCAAACUUCCAAUGACCCAUCACUACCUGAACUUGACUCCUCCAAAAACGCAGCACCUACCAAAGACUCCAUUAUUCCUUCGCAUCCUGAGCCCAGUACAAGUUCAGGCGCCUGUUUAGCUGCUGCCCCCGGCAAGUGGCAUUUUCUUAAUGGACUCAAGGAGCUAACUCGUAUGACGUUCAAGAGCGGCAACUCGACUCCUACUCGAGCAAUGUCGGCUGCUCGACCAUCUGGCUCCGAUAGAGCCCCUUCCUCCGGGAGGACCAGUCAUGACGGUGCUGAAGUCAGCGGUACUCAGACUCCAAGGAGUUCUGCCGGUGCCCAGGCGCCUGCCGCCAAGGGAAAGCUAACAAUCAAGAUCAAUGAGGCUCGUGGGCUUAGGAAGAGUCGGGACCCUUAUGUUGUUGUGGUUUUUCAGCGUAGUGAGCUCAUUUCUGGGGGUCCUCACCACAUCGAUGAGGACGACAACCUCAGUGUCGAGCCACCUCCGGCAGCUGGUGGCAUCCCUAUCCAGCGAUCAGGCAGUGACUCUGGGCGUCCCUUGGCUAUUCCCAUGAGGAGCAGGCAAAGCAGCAACACCAGCAUUAAUGACUACGGCUCGUUCCGUAACCGAUCCGGAGGUCAGCUUACAUUCACCAGCCCAAAAUGGGAUGCCGAAGCCGAGUUCGACGUUGUGGACUAUGAUAUGCUGGUCGAUGUCUCAGUUUAUGAUCAUGGAGCAACAGGCGAUGAAUUUCUCGGCCAUGUUGAUUUUCAGGCUAGCAAGGAUCCUGGUGCCACCGUCCAGGGCUGGUUCCAGCUGCAAGGACAUGCUGAUACCAUGGCAGAAAAUGCGCCAACUGGUGAGAUCUUCCUCGAGGCCAUCUACCACAGAGCAGAGAGGAAGCAAUUUGGCCCCACUGAUUUCGAAAUUCUUAAACUCAUCGGCAAGGGCACUUUUGGUCAGGUGUAUCAAGUGCGAAAAAAGGAUACUCAGCGCAUUUACGCUAUGAAGGUUCUGCAGAAGAAGGUUAUUGUGCAAAAGAAGGAAGUUGCCCAUACCGUGGGAGAACGAAAUAUUCUGGUUCGGACCGCCAUGUCCGACUCACCUUUCAUCGUUGGUCUCAAGUUCUCUUUCCAGACACCAUCAGAACUCUAUCUCGUUACCGAUUAUAUGUCUGGAGGUGAGCUAUUUUGGCAUCUACAGAAAGAGGGUCGGUUUGAUGAGAAACGAGCCAAGUUCUACAUCGCCGAACUGAUCUUGGCCAUUCAGCACCUUCAUAAUAACGACAUUGUAUACCGGGACCUGAAGCCUGAGAAUAUCCUCUUGGAUGCUAACGGACAUAUCGCCCUUUGUGACUUUGGUCUUUCCAAGGCCAAUCUUACGAAGAACGACACUACCAACACUUUCUGUGGAACAACCGAAUACCUUGCGCCUGAGGUUUUGCUAGACGAAUCUGGCUACACCAAGAUGGUGGACUUCUGGUCGCUUGGGGUUUUGGUCUUUGAGAUGUGCUGCGGCUGGAGCCCAUUCUAUGCCGAAGAUACGCAGCAAAUGUAUAAGAAUAUUGCCUUCGGCAAGGUGAGGUUUCCUCGAGAUACCCUCUCUCAGGAAGGAAGGAAUUUCGUCAAGGGACUCCUCAAUAGAAACCCCAAGCACAGACUAGGUGCGACUGAUGACGCCGAAGAACUGAAGAGACACCCCUUCUUUGCCGAUGUGGAUUGGACUCUUCUCUCCAAGAAGCUUAUCACUCCACCUUUCAAACCCAAAUUGAAGUCUGAGACAGACGUCUCAUACUUCGAUCCGGAAUUCACGACCGCGUUGGAUCAGAAUGGCUCUCUGAACGAACGUGCUGCUGCGUUGGCCCGAGGCUAUGCCGCUUCGACUCCUCUUUCUCCUUCUGUUCAGGCCAACUUCCAAGGCUUCACGUUUGUUGACGAAAGCGCAUUAGAUGAUCAUAUGCGAGACCGAGCAGGACUCGUUGAUGAAGAUAUGGAUGAUGGACAAAAUCACAGGAACCGCGAUAACGACGAUUGGGACAAUCUCGACGACAUUGACCUCAGGAAGGCAAACCGGAUGAGCGGGAUCGUGAAGACUGGACAUGAUGAGCACAUGGUGGGGGGUUCUCACUUUGACGUAUAAUGCGGCAACUCCUUUUUCCUGCACAGUAUUAUUCAAAUCAAGCUCCACGGCGUUUCAACCAUGCUGGAGAUUGAUCUAUCUCUACGUGUCAUACAGAAAGCAAAAAGUAAUAUUUCGCAAAACCAAAAAACUCACCUCUUCUUCCCCAGUUUUGCAUGUGGGUUACGGAUGUCUAAUUUGUGGAAUUAUAUGCAUCGAGGCCGGCUGGUAUUGCAUUGCAUUGGUCGUCGAGCUGUACGGGACUGAUGGCGUUUUAUGGUUGUGGAAAAUGAGAAGAGAGAGAGAGAACGAGAAACAAAAAAUA